CCACGGGUCAUAUUCAUCUAGCGCCAAAGAUACCGCGAAGAGAUUAGAGUACAUGGAGACAAUAUUGAUUCAUACGAUUGAGGGAAUUGACCUCGAUACGAAGAACCUCGCUCGAAUGGCCGAAGAAAUGAAGAGCGGCGUACCCACGCAGACGGAAGUAUUAUCGCAAGACCCUAAUUCAGGAGAAGCGGAAAGGUUGGAAAUCAAUGAGGGGUGCACAAUUGAUCCAGUAGAGGAAACAACGACUCAUUUCUCUGGUGAAUUCUCAUAUUGGAACUUCACGAUGCGUAUCAAAGAACAAAUAAAAUGGCGCAUGGAUAAUUUCUCGUCCCAUGUGAGAUGCACGAUUGAGCCCGUUACCUUUGUCUUUGCUGACCAGCUAUCUCAGUCAUCAGAUAGCCUCGAAAACAUUCCAGGGUACUGGCGUGCGCAACAACUGUCGCAUACCUACGAUCGGCUGUCUGAGGCAAUCUCUUCUCUUCCGCCGAGGGAUGUUAUGCUCUUCCUCGUCGGGGUUUUUUACAAAUAUAAUGAGCCCUUCUGUCUAUUCAUCCAAAAUCAAUGGGUCAUCGAUCAAAUCAAGGUGCUCUCUAGUAGACCGCAGACAGUCUACACCGCUGGCGAUGAGGUAGCCGUUAGUAUCAUUUUGUCUAUCCUGGCAAUCGGAUCACAAUAUGCCCAUUUGGAGUCUCCGAGAAGAAAGGAAGCAACUUUUGCGGCAUCCGAAUUUUCGGAAGAGCAUGUCGGUGCAACAUUCUAUCGACAAGCCAUUCGGUAUUUACCAGAAAUUAUUGAGCUGUCAUCUCUCGAGAGCGUUCAAGCCUGCCUUCUUCUGGGUAUUUAUUCCAUUCCAGUCGACGCAUCUGGUCUUGGUUACAUCUAUAUCAGCCUUUCGGUUCGACUGGCAAUGCAGAAUGGCAUGCACAGAAGGCCUCGAGAUGAUGCAUUUGACAAUCAAAUGAAAGAAAUUCGGAACCGUAUCUGGUGGACAGCAUAUUCGUUGGAAAGGAAGCUCUCCAUCUUUCAUGGUCGCCCUCUUUCAGUUAAUCGGCGAGAUGUUGACGCCGAUAUGCCACAAGAUUACACUACAGAACUUGAUGGAGAAUCUGGCCAGGUCUUUUAUCUUCUCAGCUCUGUUCGAAUGAUGGACUAUCUUGAGAGUCUUUAUGAACAAAUAUGUCAUAUUCGACGCUGCCCUGGACAAAAAAGAUCCGUCAUAAUGGCUCAUGUAUUGAGGACAAGAGAAAGCUUGGUUAAAUGGAUGAAAGCUACUGACGAGUCACUCGCUAUGCCAAUGUCCUCUGCACACCGAAGCUCAAUGCAUUUACGACUCGAAUACUGCUUGGUCCGUAUGUUUGCUGGCCGGCCUUUUAUGUUGGCAAAGGGGCAACCAUCUACAGCAACAACCAGCGCCGGUUCGGAACAUCAAUCAAGGGACGAGUGGCAUCACAAUGAAAGAGAGAGUCACAAUUCUCCAUUGCUACCCCAGAAUAGUCGCGACUUUCUUACCAACGACUGUAUUCAAGCCUCGCAAGAAGCUUUGGAAAUCUGCAGUCAAUUACAGCAAAGCUUUCCUGGGUUAGCUAGAGCUUCGUACAUUGAGUACAGUUCGUGUCGGGCAGCAUUGCUGGUGUUAAUCGCUUUUUCCAUUCAGAGCCCCUCAAAUAGUUUCCAAGAAGCUCUCAGGAAGGGGAUGGCUAUGAUUAAAGAGAUGUCCAUCGCGGGGGAUUCCGCUCGAUCUGAAGUCUCUCUAAUUGAGGCGCUUGAAAGGGCGCUCUUUUGUCUCCAGUCGAGAGCGAAAGACUCUAAAAACGACAUGAACAACACAAAAACAGCCUAUGACUUGUUUAAAGAGUGGGGCAAGAGCAAAGAGGCCCAAGGUCACAAAUCAGCCAGAAAACCCUCUACGCCAUCGAUUCGGCAGGGCUGGGAGCCCGGCUUGCCUUCAGUUGCCCCACCAUCGUCGAAUCCAGGACUAACUCAGUCCCUACCCUGUUAUUUUGAAAAGACCAAUCUAUCGCCUUCAGUCGGCCCUGGAUCCGAGGUUUCCAUUCGCCAAGGCGACGGCAAUAUUGAAUAUUUGCCUUGUUCCGAGAAUGACAUCUCUCCUUUUCUAGAGUGGCCACUUGUUGAUGAAACUCAGGUUCUUGAACAAUUUCUUUCUAGCUUUCCCUCAUACGUUAGUUAG